AUGUCCGCUCUUCCGAAAAAUUACAUUCAACGACGAAUGGAUUUGCAAUCGGUUUCUCCUCUUUCAGUCGAGGUUGCGAGUAUGGAGUCACAACAAGUUAGUGGAGCCGAAGGAAGGCGAAUUAUGGGCCAAGAGUGGAGAUUGAAAAGUCGCAAAGAGGGGAAGAGGGCGGAACAGCAGGGGGAAUUUGCGGAUAUAGAGCUUGAAAGUGGGCAAAAUCUCCCCCCAUGUCAUGUAUAUCUGUUGGUCAGCUGA